GACUGUUUGUCUCGUCUGCAAUGCAUUCUCCACAGUUGCCCGCGCCAUCGCCUCUGCCCGUUCACCCUUUCGAACAUUCCAAAAAUCUCUUGGUCGUGCUACCAGACAAAAUUGAUGUUGAGGAAGAGUCUCGCUUUUACGACGAACUUUGCGAAGAACGGGAUAGCCAGUCGUACCAGCCAACAUCAGCACCUCCAGCACCAGCACCGCGGGGCCCACCAUCCAUAUUCUCUAGCGAUAUUUGGCUGGGUGAUAAUUUCGGUGGAAGCCUAGCUUUCACCCGUGAUGUCAAGAUAAGUGGUUGGACCAGCGUGGGGGAUAAACUUGGUGGAGCUUACAUUGUGUACGAUUGUGUCAUAAAAACAAAAGAGGGCACGACCAUCCAUGCACAUAAGCGGUAUAGCGCCUUUGUCGAGUUGUACAUUGCUCUUCGCCGCACUCUACCACGUCACCAACAGCACUUUGUACCUGCACUCCCACCAAAAUCUCCAUUAUCCCGAUUCCGGCCUGCAUUUCUAGACCAGCGACGUCGGCAGCUUCAAUAUUGGCUUUGUUCUAUCCUACUCCACCCCGACGUCGGAUCCUGCCAGGCCGUACGCUUAUGGGUUAUAAAUUAAUCACGACCAAUUUAUCAUGGUAUUGUGUUUUUAUUUCUACUUAUCUGGGUUGUUAUAGGUUAUGUUUCGACUUGAAUUAUCUGUUGUGCGGUUUAAUCUCACCAGCAGUGUUUAUUUGCCUAUCAUUAUUCAUUGGGCAUUAACAAACCAUUCCGCUCUUUUUGACAUCUUUCCUUUGGAUCAAUCACACCUUCUUUGCUUCAAAAUGCACUCCAGUCCUUUUAUUCGCUAUGAAUAGCUGACAUCUGUAACCUCGGUGUACCUUGGUCUCUCUGUAAUAUAGAUAAGCAUCUCUGCGCUACCCCACCUAUUGCAGUGCUCCUGCGCCAUGGACAUCCAA